CAGCCCGCCAACGAAAUCUACAACUCCCCCCACCAUGACCCCCCUACGCCCCUCUCGGAUACUGCCUUGGCUCGCACGAUCAAGGUGCUAUUCUACCAUAACAGAGCAAUCCAAGCGAACUGACCGGCCUUUGCGCCUGGCCGUGAUCGGUGCCGGUCCUGCCGGUUUCUACACCUCUUACCGCGUCCUCAACAAGCUCACCAAUGCGCAUGUCGACAUGUACGAAUCGCUCCCGGUGCCAUAUGGUCUUGUACGCUUCGGAGUGGCCCCGGAUCAUCCUGAAGUCAAGAACUGUCAAGAUAAAUUCGACGAAGUAGCGUCUUCCCCGCGGUUCACAUACAUUGGAAAUACACCAAUCGGCACAUCGUGGCCGCAUCCACCCCACCGGUCCCUUCCGCUCUCGGCGAUAACCCCACAUUACGACGCACUGCUUCUGUCCUACGGAGCUUCGAAGGAUCGCAAACUCGGCAUUCCCGGCGAAGACAGUCUGAGGGGUAUCUUCUCCGCCCGCGCUUUUGUAGGCUGGUACAAUGGUCUACCGGAAUAUGCAAACUUUGAAUCGAAGUUGUUUCUCGAUUCGGCGGAGGAGGCGGUGAUCAUCGGGCAAGGCAAUGUUGCACUGGAUGUGGCGCGGAUCCUCCUCUCUUCCGUCGACGUGCUUCGGAAGACGGAUAUCACGGAACAAGCGGUAGAUGCACUAUCGCGCAGUCGAGUCAAACGUGUGAGGGUGGUGGGACGGCGAGGACCACUACAAGCGGCGUUCACGGCGAAAGAGCUUCGAGAGAUGCUUUCAAUUCCUGGGAUUGGAUUUCCGGGGGUGGAUCCCUCACUGCUUCCGCAGGACACCGGUAAGCUAUCUCGACAGCAGAAGCGUAUCCUACAGAUUCUUGAGAAAGGAUCAAAGACACCAUUCUCGGAGGCGCAGAAACAUUGGGAAUUAAACUUCCUCCGUUCACCCUCCGCCUUUCUGCCUUCUACCAGCGACUCUACGAGACUGGGCGCAAUACGUCUGGAGAGGACACUCUUGGAGGAACCGGCUUUCUCCCCCACAUCGCGAGUGCACCCUACCGGGGAAUACGAAGAAAGCCGUGCGGAUAUCGCGUUCCGCAGCAUCGGAUACCUCUCCGAGCCGAUCCCCGGCUUCGACGAGGCUGGAAUUCCAUUCAAUACCAGACGUGGACUUGUACCAAACGAAGACGGAAGGGUCGUAAAACCCGGUUCCAACCCCGACGAUCGCGGAGAGGUUGUGCCUGGAGUAUACACCAGUGGCUGGGUAAAACGGGGUCCCACGGGCGUGAUUGCCAGCACCAUGUAUGAUGCAUUCGAGACGGCGGAUGCAAUCGUCAAUGACUGGAUCACGGGAGAGCGCGAGUUUAUGAAUGCAGGUGACGAGAGAAAACAGGGCUGGGCCGCGGUCAGCGUAGAGGCGAAAGCGAGGGGAAUGAGGCCGGUUAGCUGGGAGGAGUGGCGGAAGAUUGAUGCUGCAGAGAAGGCGCGGGGGGCACGGACGGGCAAGGAGAGGGAGAAGUUUGUGAGCGAGGAGGAGAUGCUGGCGGUUCUUGAGUAAAGUUUCAUUUCUACCACAGUAAUAAACUGC